AUGUCUCAACCUCACCGAAAAGCUGUGCUUAAUUUAUAUAAAACGCUUCUAUAUUUAGGAAGAGACUGGCCUCAGGGUUCUGAUUUGUUCAGAAAACGUUUGCAUAAAGUGUUUGUAAGAAAUAGUGAGGAAAGUGAUCCAGUAAAGAUAGAAUCGAUGAUAAAACAUGGGCAAUUUGUUGUAAAAGAGAUCGAAGCUCUCUACAAACUUAAGAAGUAUAGGGCAAUGAAGAGAAGGUACUAUGACGACAAUUAA